AUGAAAAAACCCUUCAAAGGUCUUACGUUUUGUCCCACCGCCUUGCCAGAAGAAACAUCGCGUAAUGUCUCGCGUAAAAUCACGAAACUGGGCGGUGGAUAUUCCCGGGAUUUGACCAAAACUGUUAACGUAUUGAUCGUUGGGAGCAUUGCAACCAACAAAUAUCGGUUUGCCGUACAACACCGUGCAGAUAUGGCGUUUGUCGAUGCAGGAGCUAUAGACACGAUCUACGAUUUAUGGCUUACAGGUGAGGAUAUUAGUAUGGAAUCACAUUCGAAUUACUCUCAUUUUGAUAACACCAAAGACCGCAUGCUCCAAGUGUUGUUUUCGAGAUACCAGUUAGGUCCACUCAAAGAUUUCGUGGUGUUUAUAGGCCGAAUCAACAACACUCGUGAUGAACAACUUGGUCUCGACAAACUAGACACUUUAUGCAUACAGCAGGGAGUUCAUUCCUGUAAUACACGUCAUUUUGUCAAGGAAAGUCACUGGGCACGCCCCACAGUAUUCAUAACAGAUCAUUCUCAAGGAGCUCGUGUAGAUGCAGCCCGUUUACAAGGUUUACCCAUAGUUCAUCCAAAAUGGAUUGUCGAUUGUCACAGGAGAGGUGCAUUGCUGGAUUUUGCAUUCUACCUGCUGGAAAAAACUGUCACGGCCGCUUACGAUGCUAUUGGAGAAGGUGCAUGUUCAUGUUGGGACGAAGUGCUGCUCCGUCAAAACUCGAGCAGUGAUCCACCUUCACACGAAGAAGUGGACCAAAGUUUGAAUCAACGUAACGUUCUGGAUAAAUUCUCUUCUCAAGGGAAUCGUCUCUGGAACAGCGUCAUGCAUAAAGCCAGCAAUCCUGGUGCAGUUCACAACGAAGUUCAAAUCACAACUAAGACCAUAUCGAAGGCGAAAGUACCGAGACUUUUGGAACAUCAGAUUUUUUAUAUAGUACAAUUUUCACCGAGGCAAAAGGCUAUAGUGGAAUCCAUUGUCACUCAAAAUGGUGGGAAAUGUUACGAAUACCUCCCUGAAAUGAAUAUUCCAGAAAGGUCAUCUUUGGUGGUACCCAGCAAUCUAUCCAUACCAAAUCUGGAUAUUUUGGGGAACACUUUCCAGAACAUUGUAACGGAGUUCUUUUUUGAGAGGUGUUUACAUUACAAGAAAUCACUACUUCCCGACGCAUGGUGCGCCCCCUUUUGUUCGGAAUUCAAAAUAAAUGCGUCACAAGGUCUGCACUCUCAGACUCACAAGUCAAGCACGGUAAAUGUGGCAAUAACAGGUUUUCAAGGUGUUGAGCUACUGCAUAUUACGAAAAUGCUGGAAUCUUUGAAUUCAGCAGGGCUGCGACUCAACGAAACCUUAAGCAAAGAAACGGAUUUUUUGAUCAUAAAUUUGGGUGCUUUGACGAGCAUUCACGAAACGCAUCCGUUGUGGAAAAACCAGUAUGCUUCAAUGUUUGUACAAAGCCGCACCGUUCAGCCAAAUCAGGUCCACCGUAAUUCCAUGAAGCGUAAAAUCGAAUUCGUCAAACAGAGACACGCUAUUCCUGUUGUUACAGCUGCAUUUGUUGUGGAAAUAUUCAAACGUGCGUCUAAACUGCACUUACUGAAAAAGGAUUCCGCUAAAAUUCAUCUAAAUGAUGUCAACUGGUGCAUAUCGUGCCCAAAAGGCGACAGAGACCAGCUAUAUCUUGAGAUUUGCAGUAUACAACCAAACUCGUCGUCUCCAGUUGCUUCAAUAUCGACUCGAAAUGAGGUUCUCAAAAAGCUCAAACCAGCUGGUCAUUCACCAUCGAGACAAAGCAGAAGCGAGAUAAUUGCUCGUUUGAAUAACGUCUCUCCUGAUCCCCACACACCGAAAAGCAUUCCCAAACGCUCGCAUUCGCAUCUAGAUCCCUUGCCAAGCGCUUCAGACAAAAAUUCUGUACCCAAAAUACCCAAACUAAAACCAACAGAGUCGCUUCAGCCGAUUCAAAGGUCUUCUAGCUGGGGCCGAAUGCUUUCAGACCAGGCACGCAAAGUGAAUCCCAACCACGAAGCAUACUCUUCCGACUCGGCCACUGAAGAAGAAGAAAAGGAAGAGGCGACUUCCCACACUCAAGUGACAUAUGGAUCGCCCCAGCACAAGACUACAUCCCAUGUACCUGCUAAAAGGCUUACUCGUCAAAACAUGCGCGAGAUCGGUACUUGA